AUAAUAAUUUAUUAAAUUAUUUAUUUAGUUGCUUUUAGUGAGAUUUAACCAAAAAUGCAUAAAUCACAACUUUACAAAGAUAUCCCUUAUGAAAAAGUUCCUAUUAUAUAUAACUCAAUGUACAACAUCUCUUUCUUUGGUAUGGAAAAGCUUCAUCCAUUUGACUCUGGAAAAUGGGGUAGAAUUAUUAAAAUGCUUGUUGAUGAGUCUGUUAUAAAAAAAGAAGAAAUUAUUGAUUCAGAGCAAAUCAGUGAAACAGAGUUAUUGCUUGUUCAUACUAAAGAUUACUUGCAAAGUCUAAAAUCAAGUUUUACAGUUGCUAGAAUUACAGAAAUUUGGCCUGUUGCACUUUUGCCGCAUUUUAUUGUAAAUCGUAACUUACUUAUUCCUUUUAAAUUUCAAACAGGUGGAACUGUUUUAGCUGCAAAAGUAGCAAUGGAAAGAGGUUGGGCUAUUAAUAUUGGAGGGGGUUUUCAUCAUUGUUCGAGUAGCGAAGGAGGUGGUUUUUGUGCAUAUGCUGAUAUAACAUUAGCAAUUAAGAUAUUAAAAAAUGAAUUUGAUGCUGUUAGGAAUAUUAUGAUUAUAGAUCUUGAUGCUCAUCAAGGCAAUGGACAUGAAAGGGAUUUUAUUGAUAAAAGUGUAUACAUUAUGGAUGCUUACAAUGCAUACAUUUAUCCCAGUGAUAGCUCUGCUGAAGCUGCAAUAUCAAGAAUCAUUAAACUUAAACCUUAUACAGAGGACAAAGAAUAUUUGGAACUUAUUAAAAGAAAUCUUGAUGUGGCUUUUGAAGAAACAAAACCCGAUUUCAUUUUGUAUAAUGCUGGUACUGAUAUUUUAUGUGGAGACCCAUUAGGAAUGCUUAGUGUGAGUGAUAAGGGUGUUAUAAAACGCGAUGAAAUUGUAUUUAAAUCAGCAAGAGAUAGGAACAUUCCCAUUGCUAUGGUUACCUCUGGUGGCUAUCAGAGAGAAACAGCUCGAGUGAUUGCCGAUUCAAUAAUAAAUCUGAAGCGUAAUAAUGUUAUUGACUUUUCUCGUAAAGAGCAAAUACUUCAAAACUAGUUUCUUAUUGCAAAAGUUUAAGGUAUUAUAUGUUUUUUAUAUAUAAAACAUUUUUUUUAAGCUGUAAUUGUUUAAGCUAUAAUAUAGUUAUUUUUUAUAAUAUAUUUCUUUUAAUAAUGAAACGCUUCAGAAACUUAAACAAAUAUUUUGAAAAAGUUUGAGACGGGCUUUUCACGAUUUUGACGUGUUUUUUUUUAAACUUGUUCUUUAUUUUUAUGUUUUUAUACAUUAUCUUUUUAUACAUAGUUUUAUGUGAAUCCAAACUCAAAGCUUUUUCAACUUUGUUCUUUUGUAACAAUUGAACUUAAUUCGAAUAAGAAGUUUAUAUUGUGUUUAUAAUGAAUGUAGUGUAUUUAUAGUGGUUGCAUUAUUAUUGAUAAAUAUAAUUAAAGUAUUAAUAAAUACAAUUAAAAAUUCUAUUUAA